AUGACUAGGUUCGAAGAGAGCGCACUGCGCAAUGGCGUUGCCGGAGAGGCAAACUCGUCUACCCUGCCCUACUGGCAUCCAUCGAGUCAAUUCUCUUCUCUGAUCGAUCCUCAGAAUCAUGAUGGAGUACAUCAGACCAACGGCCAGAACAAUCCCCAAGCCACAGAGUAUCCCGCCUUCACGGAUGAGCAGUUAUCCAUGCCAACUCAACAGCAUAGCCUGGACUUCGGACUUCCAGACAACCAACGACAAAUGAACUUCUCUCAGUUCAACGACUUCUCGCAACUUUCUCAGCACAUCUCGCAGGAGUUGAACACCACCCAGCAGUCGGUCCCCGCGAUGCCUCAGUACGUCCAAAGCCUGACCGUCAAGACUCCGACCGGCCCAAGAUCCAUGCGUAGACCGGGUCUUGCUGGUGCUUCCGCACUCAUCAAUGGACAAUACUGCUGCCAGUGGUCUUUGAACGGUGCGGCUUGUCGUCACAAGUUUGCAGAUGCCAAGUCACUGAAUGACCAUAUCAAGUCGCACCACGUCCGUGGGGCGGGCAGCUUUGUAUGCUACUGGUCAGGCUGUGACAAAGGUAGCUUCCCAACUGCCAACAAACUGGUGAGGCACGUACAUAGCCACACAGGCUACAAGCCCUUCCCAUGCCCAAGUUGCUCGCAAGCCUUUGUCACCAAAGACCAGCUGGACAAACACUUGACAACACAUACAGGCGCAAAAGACUUCGUCUGCACCUGGCCUGGCUGUGGACGGUCUUUCGCUGUGAAGCAUGCCCUGGACGGACAUAUGAACAGUGUACAUCUCAAGGCCAAGAAGCAUAUUUGUCCUCAUUGUGGACAAGCCUUUGACGAUUCAUCCAACCUGUCCAAGCACAAGAAGCAGGUCCACAAUCCCGAAACGGGUAUCAAAUGCCCAGCGAGACAUACUCACGGCUGCCCCUACGUCGACAGCCGGAAGGACAAGAUGAAGGAACAUUGUGAACGAGAGGGUCAUGGCCUGGAGACAGUGACUGAUCCGCAUGCGUGGAAUUUGUGGGUGCAGCUGUUCAAGACGGCUUCGAAAAGAUCCGAGUCUCGGAGACAGUCGAUCAUGAGCGGCAGCCCUAUGUCACGCGUGUCCAGCGUGUCAACGCCUCGCCUCGCGCCCACACCACGUCGAACUCCUUCGAUUGAGUGCAGCAAACAAGGGUGCAACAUACCCCUUUGCUUGCCGUGCAACAUCUUGUGCAAUGAUGUGCAUUCCGAACACGAUUCUAUUCAGCCCUGCGAUGAACCCGACUGCGAUCCUUGCGAGCCUUGCCACGACCCUGAUUGUGAUCCGUCUACGAGGCAGGUGUGCAAUAUUCAACCUUGCUCCAUACCUCACUGCCGUAGUGGCUCUUCAAGCCCGACGCAACUAGCCACACCCCACUGCUUGCCACCAGAGUCCUACUUUCAGUAUCAUCCCAUUGCAUCCACAGAGGGCGACCUGUUUCAAGAUGCGGAACAUCCAUUCCAGCUAAGUGCUGCGAGGCUGUCUGACUACUUGUUUAACACCAGUCAUUGA